AUGGCAACUGAACUCCCCACCACAAACGGCCACAGCGCACAGGAUGGCGAGAACAACUUUGCCGUCAAGGCCGGUCUGGCACGCAUGUUGAAGGGCGGAGUCAUCAUGGACGUUGUCAACGCUGAGCAAGCGCGGAUAGCAGAAGAAGCUGGUGCUUCAGCCGUCAUGGCCCUUGAGCGCGUGCCCGCAGACAUUCGAUCCCAGGGCGGUGUCGCACGUAUGAGCGACCCCAAGAUGAUCAAGGAGAUCAUGGACACAGUCACAAUCCCCGUCAUGGCCAAGGCGCGAAUUGGACACUUUGUCGAAUGCCAGAUCCUCGAAGCCCUAGGCGUUGACUACAUUGACGAAUCCGAAGUCCUUACCCCCGCCGACGCUAUUCACCACGUCUCCAAGCACCCCUUCCGCAUUCCCUUCGUCUGCGGCUGCCGGGGUCUCGGCGAAGCCCUUCGCCGCAUCUCGGAAGGUGCAGCCAUGAUCCGCACAAAGGGCGAAGCCGGAACCGGCGACGUCAUUGAGGCCGUCCGCCACAUGCGUACCGUAAACAGCGAGAUUGCCCGCGCAAAGAGCAUGUCAGAGGAGGAGCUCCGUGUCUACGCAAAGGAGCUUCAGGUCGAUUAUGCGCUGCUCAAGGAGACAGCUAAGCUUGGUCGUCUGCCUGUUGUCAACUUUGCGGCGGGUGGUGUUGCAACACCCGCUGAUGCUGCGUUGAUGAUGCAGUUGGGUUGCGAUGGUGUCUUUGUUGGUAGCGGUAUCUUCAAGUCUGGAGACGCAGCCAAGAGGGCCAAGGCCAUCGUACAGGCUGUUACUCACUACAAAGACCCCAAGGUGCUCAUGGAAGUCAGCAUGGAUUUGGGUGAGGCCAUGGUUGGUAUCAACUGCGGUACAAUGGGCGAGGAGGAGAAGCUUGCUAAGAGGGGAUGGUAG